AUGGCUGCCUGCAGCCUGCCAUUGGGAAUGUGGCUCCUGCUCCUUCUCCAGGAUGUCCAGACAGCCCCGCAGACAUCAUUAACCCCGUCUCGUUCCUGUGAUACCCUUGAGAACUGGUUCUAUGAUGAGACUUCAGGAAGCUGCUGUUACCAGUGCCCCUCAGGCUAUGUUAAAAAGAAAGCAUGUCCUAGGGACCCAGGUGAAGAUUGUCUGAGGUGUGGUCCUGAGCAGUAUGUGAAUGAAGAAAACCAAAGGCCGCAAUGUGACGCUUGUGUGUCGUGUGCAGACCCCGACCUGGUGGAGAAGGAGCCCUGCGCCUCCCGCUCCGGCCGCGUCUGCGAGUGCCGCCCGGGCCUCUUCUGCCAGGACAGCCUCGUGAACACCUGCACCCGCUGCCAGCAGCACACCCUGUGCGAGCCUGGUUUCGGAGUCAAAGUCAGAGGCACCUCAACAAAUGAUGUGACUUGUGAAAAAUGUCCUCCUGGGACCUUCUCUGAGCUCAGCUCCAGCACUGACAUCUGCAAGCCCCACACAAACUGUGCCAGCUUAAACAAGGUGGUGCUGAGCGAAGGAAAUGCCACACACGAUCAGGUCUGCCUGGACCAACUGCCCACCCACCUGACCCCAAGCACUUUGUCCAUGAGAUCCAGCAAUGAAACAAGUAACUCUGACCUCAGGAGUUUUGAGGAGAACCUGGUGACUGUUGCCAGUAUUUUAAGUGCCACAACUGAAAACCCCAGUUCAACUCCUGAGAAGAAAGUUCUGGCUGGCACUUUCCCCACCUCAGCCAAGGGGGAGGCAACAACUGGAGGUCUGGUUCUCUGGGGAGUGGUUGUCUCUGUAAUAGUGCUACUUGUGGGCAUGAUGUUGUUUUGGAAGUGGAAGGUUUGCCAGAAGCGGAUCCUCAUCCUCAAAGCAAAGCGUUCUGACCUGGUGAACAAACGUCCAGUAAGUAUCAUGCUGACUAACAGGGAGCCAGAAGAGGAGGAGUUAAUUGGCAAAACCCUCCCUUUGGAAGCCAACAAUAACUUGGUCUCCAGCACAGAAAAAGCUCAUGGCCCUGAGGUGGGCGUGACGGACGUGACGCAGGGCAGUGGAGCUGCUCCAGAUUGCCCGGUGGACUCUCAAGUGAGAGACCACACAAAUAAUCGCAUUGAGAACUUAUACAUCCUGAAGGCCGACACUGUUAUUGUGGGGUCCAUUUCAGAAGUGCCUAGUGGCAAGAACUGUGCUGCUAGAGGGUGUGAAAGUAAUGUUGAUGCCCAAGAAAACACAGAAGAGGAACUGGAAAUGCACUAUCCAGAGCAGGAAACAGAGUCUUUUCCAGAGAAUGAUGUAACAGUUCCUGUGGAAGAGGAGGGAAAGGAAUUUCAUCACCCUACCACUGCCACUGAGAAAUGA